AUGUCAUUGUGGAACAGUAUCAGCAAUGGGACUAUCUGUGCGAAAAAAGGAGCCUGUAUCAUUCUAACGCAGGUGCGUACAGCAACCAAGAGGGCUGCCGGUUCGAGAACUUCGAUGAAAGACUCUGCCGGUCGUAGAUUGGGUCCAAAGAAGUACGAAGGUCAGCCUGUGAAGGUGGGAGAGAUUAUUAUGAGGCAGCGUGGUACCAAGUUUUACCCUGGGGAGAAUGUAGGAAUAGGUAAGGACCACACGAUCUAUGCUAAGGAGCCUGGUGUGGUUCGCUACUAUCUAGAUCCAUUUCAUCCAAGGAGAAAGUUUGUUGGUGUUUCUUUGAGCCGUGAGAUCAAGCUGCCUUUGCCACAUUUUGAGCCUAGCGUAAGGAGAUUUGGUCGUCAAGUCAUAAAGAAUGAGAAACAGGCAGCACAGGAAGAGCAAUUCUUACCAAGAAAAAAGGCUCUUGCUAAGGAUGAAAUUUUAAAGAAUUUGAGUGAACGUGAAGAAAGAAGAAAUAUUUUGGAGCAAGAAUUUGUCAAGACGCUGACCGAGAGUUUGAAGCUUGAUAUCAAAGAUUUGAAAUUCGCCACAAAAUAUUUGAUUCGUUUGAGAUCCUGUUUAAAGAGUGGGUUUAGCUUGGAAGAUGCGCAGUUUAAUGCGAAGUACUACUUGGAGUACGAAACUAAAUUGAAGUCGAAGAGAGAAAGUUGGGGCAGUGAAAAAUUGGCCGAACAACUACAAGUUUUGCAAGAUACUACUUCGCUCCUUAACGAAUCAACUUCUUUCAACAACAAGCUAAGCCUAAUCAAAUAUAUUACUUCAGCGGAGAAACUGGCUUUGAAACAAAAAUUGAUUGACGAUCUCAAGGAGAAGACAAUUGUGACCAAGAAGGAUAGAGACGAAGUGAGAAAGUUGUUCAACAACGCUUGUGAUUACCUAACUUUGUCAGAAGAAGUUUACUUGCGCAGAAAGUUUUUAAAACCAGUUAGGCCAGAGACUACCGCUACGAUCGCCGAUAAACCAAGCAAGAAGACUUUGGUAAUGAGACGCUUCAACUAUGAAAAGAGUAGGAUCGACGUCAUACCAAGAAAGAAAGAGGCUUUCCUAAGUAAACUUUGA